AUGAGUAAAAAUAGCCCAGUCCCAUUUUCUUCCCUUUGUGAGAAGAGUGCCAAACCCUCUACACCUAGUGGUCCUCUCCAGUCCUCGUGUGGAUAAGGGCCGUAAUGGUCCCCAUGUAGAAUUUUGAGUCUUGAGUUUGAAAGACAACAGCGAGGGAUGCCUGAUCAUGGUCCUACUCCUGGGACUUUUGCUGCUGCUCUCAGGGACUGGAGGGAACUUGGGGGUUCUUUUGGAAGGACGCCCAGGAGAUCGGGUGAAUAUUUCUUGCACUGGGAUCCCUCGCGUGACCCGCUGGGCUUGGGCUCCCAUCUUCCCAAACUGUGUAGGCUUGCUUCGGGGUCGCCGCCCACUCUUCUGGGCCUCCGCCCCAAGAAAUCUCACCCCAGCUUCCACCUUGCACUUUGCUGGUCGUCUGCGUGUGGUGGGCCCCAAUGGCAUUCAGCAGCUGGAACUGCUCUUAGCUAGAGGAGACUCGGGGACCUUCUUCUGUACCGGAACUGGUGGCCGCCGGGGCAAUGAGAGUCGGACCUUCCUCCGAGUGCUUGGGGAUCUGGCUACUUGCAGAACCCCCAGCCCCACCUCAGGAUCCUCGUACCCUCUGUUCCUGUACCCUCUGCUGGGCAUCGGGUUGGCUUUGGGGCUGACAGGGCUGGGGAUGGCUUGGAGACUUCGUCAGAAACUCCCUUCUGGGCUAGUCAGAACCAUCCCAGCAUGUGGUGAGAAUAGCCCCUCUCCCCAGCUCCAUUCUGUGACUGGGCACGUGCCCUCUUCCCAUCCCUCUGCUCUGUACCCAUUCCCCAAAACAAAAGAUCCAUCUAGGAACACUGAGAUCCAGAGUCGAUGGAAAAAAGAGACUCAAGAAACAGAGAACUCAGAUGUAGAAAAGAGCCUUCUCUACGCUGAUCUGGAGCAUAUUCCUCUCAGAAAUCCUCGAAACAUCAUCCCCAAGGAUGCUGGCACCAUCUAUGCUAUAGUGGUUUGAAAAGAGCAUGCAUUGUGAUCCUCCUGACCUUCCUUCCCACUGCCUCAUUCUCACCCCCAAAGAGUCAUCAGAAGCCAAUCCUGAGCCCAUCUGUGCCUCGGAUACUCUCUGCUCCCUACAACUACAGAAAAUAGACCUGAAUUCUAACUUUCACCUUUCCCCUCUGGGCCCCUCCCGCCCCUCCCCACAUUGUGCUGUUCCACUCUUGUGAUGCUAGACAGAACAAAACCAAUUCACCAGCGCCCAAAUCCAUCUUCCUUAAUCAAACACUAACACACAGUGAAGUCUAAAA